AUGUCCAGCCCAGAAAAAGGUAACGAGGCUGCUACCGCCGCCAAGCUACCCGACAUGGCUCCCUGGGAGCUUCGCCUGAUCAUUUUCGGAAGCCUCUGCUACGGCGACGCCAAGAUCGAUCUUGAUAAGCUGGCCACUCUUGCCGGCAUCAAGAAGAGCUCCGCCUCGAACUACUAUAGAGUGAAGCGCCGCCUCGAGGCUCUUGUUGACGACGACGCAGCCGCAAAGGAUGGUACCAGCUCCAAGCAUGAAUCCUCCCCCACAGCCUCUCCCAAGAAGCAGCGCGCUACCAAGCGCCGCAAGACGGUUUCCAAGACCAUUGUUGAGCCAGAGAACCCCGAGGACGCCAACCAGCCUGAGGAACAGGAGAAGCUCGCUACAAACGUCGCCAUUAUUGAUUAUGAACCCGCUGAGUAA